GCUGAUAUAUAAAUCAGCAUCUCAGUGCUCUGUGCUCCUGCAUUGUAACUCACAACACUGUUCUUCAUUAAAUGUUCUUAGAAUUAUUACUGCUAGACUAAUUAAUUUUUGUUUCUCAAGAAAAGGAGACCAUCGAAACCUAAUUCACCACUUCCCAGAGAUCAACAACAAAAAAGGCAGCAUUUAUCUGAGUAAAAAUAAUCCAUUAAUACGGUCAUCAAAAUUCCAGAAGAGUCCAUCAAGGAAGUCAUAAGGAUUCCAUAAGAGUUCAUAAGGGAGUGUUAUCCGCGAAGGAUUCCUGUAAGAUUCCAGAAUGAAUGGAUCCAGCUCAUUGAACUUUACUGUAAAGCAUGUGGAAAUCUUUGAAGAAACAGUUGCAUGGACAAUAUUAUUAAUUGGUCUUCCUGCAAUCAGCCUGGCUUGUUAUGCGUUGUACCGCUUGAUCAAGGCUGAUCAUGUCGCCCCCCUAUAUGUCAUCAACCUCCUCCUUUCAGAUUUGGUGCAAAUCAUCUGCAGAAUAUAUUUUGUUACUCAGAGGCAUUUCGGAUUCCAGUCUCCAGAACUUACCAAAGCUCGAUUAAUUUUUCUGGUCAUUGUCCGUUUUGGCUUGGUUGCUAGUCUUGGCUUCAUGGUGUGCAUCUCCCUGGAGAGAUACCUGGUGGUUGCUCAUCCACUUUGGUAUCGGUACCGUCGCAACCUGAAGUACACAGUGUUAACGUGUAUUUUCAUAUGGCUGUUUUCUAUGAUAUAUGCAGUGAUUGAUUAUAACAUAGAAGAAUACAGAACCUUCUUAAGUGUCCUAGCACCCCUAUUCCUGCUGCCCUUUCCUUUUCUUCUCUUCUUCUACGUGAGUUCACGGAGAGCCUUAAAAAGAACUAUUUCAGUUUCUGUUGCAGAAAAGAAUCGUAUCCUUGGUGCCUUAGCCCUGGUCUUUGGCAUCUAUGUUGUGCUAUAUCUGCCCUUUACGUUCAUGGCAUUUUUUCUGGUAAUAUCUAACAUACGCACUUACACAGUGUAUUGCUUUAUGGCUGUUGCACGCUCCAUGGUGCGUCUCAGUCCCCUUGUGGACCCCUUCCUGUACAUUUUCAUGAGAAAGGGAGCCAGAGACACACUGGAGGCCUUCCCCUGCUUCAGGAGGGUAUUUGGAUGGAGCACAACUAGAUCUGAUGCAGAAACUCCAAGUACACUUCCAACUGGGACUGACAUGAACAGCAGUAUCUAGCAAAUACAGGAACCGUUGACCUGCCUUUUUAAUCCUCUUCAUUGUUGUAAUCUAGUAGGAAACAAGCAAAAAAAAGUACCAUUUUGAGAUCCCUUCUAUUUUAAUUGUACUCCAAAGACAAAGCAUUUGUCUUUAAAGUUUAGUUUUUUGUUCAUUUGUUUAUUAUGUUUUUUUCUUUUAAAAACAUUCUGCUUGACAUGUGUAGGGUGUUUUGGUAGUGAUGUAAAUUUUCAGUCAAUUUUACUUCUUCUA